CGACGCCCUGGCGACGACUUUCAGCGCCCUUUACGGGAAGCUGCUGGUCGUCAUGGGAAUCGCUUUUCCCAUGGCAGAAGUGAUAUCCACCUACAUACCGCCGUCGUUCUACGAAGGAUUCUACCUUUACCUCUACUUCGGCAGCAUGAUCUUCCUCGUCUACAUGUACGCCACGUUGCUUCACGACGACAAACCCAAGUCAAAGAAACGAAAGGACGAAGUGUGCGACCUGGACUCGUCGCGAUCGUCUAGCGGCGCCGGUGGCGACAGCGAUGCCGCGGAUACCGCGUGCCCGCACAUGACCACCGUCAGGCCGAUCCAACACUACGGAAGCUUUUACCUGCGAAUGGGCGCGGUGGCGUUCGGUAUCGGCUCGAUGAUCUACUCGGGCCUGGAGUUUGGCCAGUACUUCGAGCUCGAGCAGAACACCAAGUGCCACAACAUUAUGCUCGCCCUCACGCCGGCCACUAGGAUGGCGUUCAUCUUCAUACAGAUGUACUUUAUAUUUCUCAACAACGAGCAAAUGAAAGUCUACCGUCAUCGAGUGGUCGCGCGUUUCGGGCUGAUGCACAUGAUCGGAACGAACCUGUCCGUCUGGCUGAACGUCCUUGUACAGGAAACGAAGCACGAGAUACUGACGUUCUACAAUCCGGAAAAUAACUCGUUAAGGAUUUCCCACCGAUUAGUCACAAGGAGGCUCGUUAUGCUCCCGCUCGAACGACAUCGAACGAAGACUGAAGCUGAAAUUAAAUUAGGUUCGAAGAGCAAUCUUAAUCUCGGAGGGCAUAAUCACUACCACCACGGCGAACACCUGAGGCUCCCGAGAGGUUUGAAGGGGCCGCAUCACAUGUACGAGUGUCGUCGAACGAACAUAAUGGGAUCGUUAGUACAGGAUGCCAGCCCGUUUCUGUUCCCUUGCACCAUCGAGUACAGCUUGAUCUGCGCUGCGAUCUUGUACGUAAUGUGGAAGAACAUAUCGAAAGCGGCCUUCUCCCAACCCAAGACUCCCCCCGGAUCCAGACAUCACGCGCACGCUUACAGGAAAUCACCGCAUCACUACAGCGUGGACUGCGCUCGCGCCCACAAAGGCCUGUUCGUGGGCAUACUGAUCCUGGUGCUAACCAUCAUAUCCCUGAUACUGUUCUUCGUGCUGAUAUCGCGUCCGGAGUUGGUGAGCUUCGCCGUCACCGAGGUGAACGUCUGCGAGCUAACGCUGUACGGGAUGUCGACGAUGGCCACGCUGAUAGGGAUGUUUCAAAUGCGAAAGCUCCGCUACGACGGCAACCGGAACCUAGAGCUGGACAACAUCCUCCUGGUGGCCGCGCAGACCGGCAUGUUCAUCUACUCGACGUUCACGAUCAUCGGCGCCCAGUUCACCCUGGCCAAGGACACGGUCCUGGUGCUGGUCACCGCGCUGGCGAGCGUCGUGCAGACCACGUUCCAAACGAUCUUCAUACUGGACGCGUCGAGGCGGUCGGUCGCCACCGCGAAACAGAUUAGAAGGAAACCAGGCCGCGAGAUCGUGACGUUUCUGCUGGUGACGAAUCUGGCGAUGUGGGCGAUCAACACGCUGGAGAAGUCGCGGGCCGAGUCGCACCCGGUGCAGCUGCACUUCUACGGCCUCUGGGCGUGGACCAUCAUCACGCACGUCUCCAUGCCUCUGGCCAUCUUCUACAGGUUCCACAGCACCGUGUGUCUGUGCGAGGUUUGGAAGAGAGCGUACAAGGUGAAGCCGACCUACAUG